CGUUUGAAGCUGAGCGUUGGCUGCCAUUGGAGACGGCCAGCUAAUCCAUUCAGGCUCCAGCCCGAGCUAGAAGACCCCCGCCCAGAAUUCUGGUGGCCUAUGGAAGGGAACUGAGUCGGAUCACCAAGUAUUCCGCGCAGAUCUAACGAUCAGAGCCACCGAAGCCCGCCGGAACCCCGCCCCCAGGAGUCCGGAAGCCUCGUCUAAGUCAAAGCACCCGAAGGGACCUCCCCGAGGUGGAGCCCGCUGGCCAUGGCCGCCCCCCCGGGGGCCGGUCCUGCAGCUCUGCGCUUCGCAGCCGCAGCCAGUUGGGAAGUCGUGCGCGGACGCUGCGUGGAGCAUUUCCCGAGAGUACUGGAGUUUCUGCAAUCCUUGCGCGCUGCCGCUCCUGGUUUGGUUCGCUACCGGCACCAUGAACGCCUGUGCAUGGGGCUAAAGGCCAAGGUGGUGGUGGAGAUGAUCCUGCAGGGCCAGCCUUGGGCUCAGGUCCUGAAUGCUCUGAAUCACCACUUCCCAGAAUCUGGACAUGUGGUACGGGACCCCAAAGCUACAAAGCAAGAUCUGAGGAAGAUUUUGGAGGCACAGGAAACUUUUUGUCAGCAGGUGAAGGAGCUGUCAGAGGCUCCUGUGGAUUUGGCCUCAAAGCUACAGGAACUUGAACAAGAAUAUGGAGAACACUUUCUGGCUGCCAUGGAAAAGCUGUUUUUUGAAUAUUUGUGUCAGCUGGAAAAAGCACUGCCUACACCGCAGACUGAGCAGCUUCAGGACGUGCUGAGUUGGAUGCAGCCUGGAGUGUCUAUCACCUCUUCUCUUGCCACGAGCCAGUAUGGUGUGGACAUGGGGUGGCCACUUCCAGAGUGUUCUGUUACCGAUUCAGUGAACUUCACAGAACCCAUGGAACAGGCUCCUCCUCCGCAACCAAGACCAGCACUCCACAGUCCUCUGCCAAAAGCCAAGCCUGGCCCAUACCUUCCUCAGGGACUAGCUUCAAGGAAGCACCCAGAACCUUUAGCUGGCCACCACUUCAACCUGGCCCCUCUAGGCCAGCGAAGAGUCCAGUCGCAGUGGGCACCUGCUCGGGGAGGCCAUAAGGAGCGCCCCACAGUCAUGCUGUUCCCCUUCAGGAAUCUGGGCUCACCAACCCAGGUCAUAUCUAAGCCUGAAAACAGAGAACAUGGGAUGCACACAGCAGAUCCAGCAGAUGCCGUGUGCACACGAGCAGCCUCUGCUGGGAAGUCUAAGAAUCCAUGCCAGACUCCGGGGGGAAAGGCUCUGAAGGAGAACCCAGUUGACUUGUCUGCCUCAGAGCAGGAGAAUUGCUUGGAUUGCUCCACGGACCCCCUGAGACUAUUAUUAUCACCUCCUAGGGCCAGGAAGCCAGUGUAUUCUCCAUCUCUGUGCAGCUCCGUCAUUACCAUAGGGGACUUGGUUUUAGACUCUGAUGAGGAAGAAAAUGGCCAGAGGGAUGGAAAGGUGAGUAGGAAGGAGCAGAAAGCUGGGGAAGGGGAUGGGCAGAGCAAGACUAAGAAAUCCACAUGCUUCAGGAUACAGAGGGCUCGGGGAAUGGUUUGGGAUGAUAGGAUCUCCCUGCUCCCUUCCUUACAGGAGACUCUGGAAAACUAUCAGAAGACAAAGUUUGACACCCUGAUCCCCACCUUCUGUGAAUACCUUCCCCCUUCUGGCCCCAGUGCCAUGCCUGGCCCUUCCCAUGACCAUAUAGACAGACAGCUCUAGACUCCUAUGACAGGACUAAAAUGCCCUUUGCACUCUGCCUGUCUCCUGCCUCCUCAGCUCUGCAAGCAGUUUAAUGGGAAUGAAGUGGAAACCCAGGCUUGGGUUGCCUGACUACAUUGCUUAAAAUACUUUGUAAUGCUUGAUAAUUAAACUUUGGAUUUGUUA